AUGCCCAUCACAGACGGAGCCGUCAAUGUCCAGGAGUUUCUCGACAUGAGCGAGCAGUGCCGGCCGCCGCAGCAGGGCAGUUGCGACGCUGUCCCACCGCCGGCACCGCGGUCCAUCACUCUUGAUGCCUUCCUGGCUCCCCGUUCGGGGAUCCACCAGCUCAAGAAAGACAUCAAUGACUUGCAGCCUUCGGGGACCCACCCCCGAGCCCAGGAGGACACGAUGACGGAAGGAAACCAGGAGUUCACCAUCUCUGCGGGCAUGUUGACUGAUGCGCAGAACAGCUUCGCCGCAGGCACGGAGAAGUUUCCAGAGUCG